ACAAAAUCUAACAGUAUUAAAAUAAUUGUUAUUGUCUAGAUCAGACAUUAUAUAUGAGAAUUUAACACAAAUUUCACUUCCUUACAUUCAAGAUGGAAGAUCUGCAGUCUAUGACACCGAGGAAACGAAAAAGAAUCGAGUGAGUGUUAGUAUUAUAAUAUUCCCUGUAAAACCUCAGCCUGUAGGCUCUUAUCUGCUGCCAAAAAUAGGUCUGUGCACUGGUGUAUAAUACACACAUCAACCGUGAUCUUUCUUCUAAAUAGUGAAAAGCUUAACUUAGGAUUACAGGUGAUUUUCAUGUUAGAAAUAAUACCGUAAUGUUAAUUCCAACAAGUCAGUCUAUUCAAGAUUAUGAAAUCCCUUCUAUUCUAAUGAUAUUAAAAAGUAAUGAGCAGAAUGAAGUGAUUAUUCUGAUGUACUUCCUCUUGAUCUUGUCGAGGUAAUUCUUAUUUUCUAUAUUUUUUUUAUAUCUGUACAAGUAUUUUAAUAUAGAGAAGGUGGCACGGGUACAAUGUCAUGAUGGUAAGCUUAUUUACUUUUAGGUGGUGGCAGAAUCACAAGCCUGAGAAUCAGAAAAUAAGAAAGAAAUCUCAUAUAGGUAACUUAAAAUUGUAUUUUAUUAAUCCUUAAAAAGCCAAAUAAACAUUUGCAAUAAAAAUAGUGGGAAGAAGUUACAUUGAAGAAACAAAAUAAAUUCAUCUUGUGUGAUCAUGUCCUGUUUCUCAUCACCAAUUAGUUAUAUAAAACAUUUAGAGAGCAAUGAGAAAUUUGAUGCUGAUUACUAUUAGGGCAUAUAAAAGUUUUAAAAGAAUGACUUCAAUAAGGCUGUUGGUCUAAUGUUAUCCAUUUGAUGUUCUAACCAAGCUCAGGUGGGAACUCCAAGACUUUUUCAAGGGGAGUAAGGGGCAGGGGGUGGGACCUAUGCACAUUCCUUAAACAUUUUAAAGUAGAAAUAUAUACCUGCCAACUUUUUCUGAGAUAUAAGGGUGAGAUUUUUAUCCUGGGUUUGCUGGGAUUUCUGAAGACAACACGAUCAUUUCCGAAGAUUCCCAAAGAAGUCCGAAGUCUUCCGAAGAAGUCCGAAGUCUGCCGAAGACGUCUGAAGUUUUCCGUAGAAGUCCGAAGUCUGCCGAAGGUGAAGUUAUCGAGAAAACGCUUAUCCACAAAAUCAGAGAUCGCGAGGAAGGUAUUGUCAUUUAUUCAUUUUACACAUGGUUUUCGUUCCUUACAUGGGUCUGAGUUAACAUAUUUUUGGAAAUUGUGUCAAGCAAGACGGCAACAACUCACAUUUUUCAAUCAGGCGUGAGAAAUUGGCCCCCAAGCGUGAGCCGACGUGAGAUCGAAGGUUUUCAGCCCACAGGCGUGAGAGUUGGCAGGUAUAGAAAUAAUGCAUCACGGUGAUUACAAUUCCAUGUUCAUGUUUUACAAACAUUUGCGAAGAAAAAGGACAGUUAUUCAGGGAUUUAAAUUUAUUAUUUUCACUUUUCAUGAAAAUUAAAAGCAGUUAAUCCCAUAUCACACAAUAACCCCUUUGAGCCCCUCUUCCUCAAAUUUGUAAUUUUGUGCACCAAGGACACAAGAGUCUCUGGAGGCAGCAUGAAAGCAGUGAAUAACAAAGGGAAAGUUAAAAAGUGGUGUAAGCUAAUAAAUGGCAAAAGGCAAACAUCCUUUGAAAGUAACAUUACUUCCAGAAGGAAGCCUGACCCUAGAAUUGACUCUUUUCCAUUUUCUUUGUUAUUGCUCAAAAGACAAGAGAAUGAACUGAGAGAAAAGCUCCAGAGCUUAUCACCUGAAAGUGAUGACCCCCUUGAAUGUAGUAACCCCUAAAGGCUGCUAGUUGGUAGUUUAUUACUUACAUUCUCCAUAUUUUUCAGGGUAUAAGAAAAAGGUGAAAAAAGAUGUUCAAGAGAAAGCAAUUCCAGAGGAAGGAGCUUCUGCUCAAGAUGACAGCAAUAGCAAAACCGAGAAUGAGGGAAAACAAGACAAAAGAUAUAUUCUUUUUAUUGGUAAGACUUCUGUGAUUUAGCUAGGUGUGUACGUCCUAAGUACACACAGGGAGGGGGUCGGGGGCUUGAACCCCUCCCCACUUAUGGAUAUUCCAGUUUAGGGUCUUUCCUUUUAUUUUGGUCUUUCCUAUGACCCUUCAUGGAAGUCUAUGGAUAUUUUCUGAAACUACACGUUCACAUAUAAAAAAACAUGUUUGUCAAUGUUUUUUUUGUUAAGGCUUGAGAUUUUUAUCCUAAAAGUGCCAGGAUUUUUGUAAAGGACACAAUCAUAUCAAAGGUAAAGAUUUCUGAGAUGCUUCAAUGAUCAGUUCCAAAGUUUUCAAGGAAUGAACAAUAAAUUACACCCCUGAUGGAUUUAAGAGCUCUAUUUGAAAUCUCAGUGUUUUUUCUUCCAAAAUCAGAAAAUUCAGGGAAAGUACAAUCAUUCAUAUGGACUCUUCAUUUUCUUUCAGUGGUUUGAUUCUAUUUUUAAGUACACUUAAAAGUAUAUUUUUUUGGCUGGAAUAGCUCAUUUUUGUGUCCAGGUUUUAGAGAUUGGUCCUCAACCCUGAGUUCUUGGUAUGAGAGUGAAGUUUUCAAUCUGCAAGGGUAAUACUAUUCACAUCUAAACUGUGAAAUUUGCCACAGUUAAUAUUAAUAAUGAGGAACAUGACAUGCUGUUUCACAGGUAACAUGCCAUACACAGUCAAAGAAGAAGAUGUCAAGUGGCAUUUUAGGUGCACUGGUAAAGGUACAAUACAAAACUUGCUUGUUUGUUUUUCUUAUAACUUUACACAUUAUUUAGUGAUUACAACAUCAUGAUUUUUUGCAUCCUACCAAUACAAAAAAUAUUCCCAGGAACUCUUCUCAAGAAAAAUCCUUGUGCAUAACCUAGAUCUACUAUACUUUAAGUAAACAUCCUCACUAGGCAGCAUGUCUCUAUUUUUCCUGACUAGGUAGCAUAAAGGAUUUUAGACUGAUGACAAAGAAGACAGGAGAAUCAAAAGGAUGUGGAUUCAUUGAGUUUAACAACAAGGAAAGUUAUUGGGUAAGUGAAAGGAGCCUUUCUUGAGGUAAAAACAACUCUUCUGGUCACUGCACCAGAGGCUCUUUCCUACCAGCUCUACCAAGCACAGACUGAUCGAUAUAAUAUUUAUAAGUAGGUUGAGUAUGAUUGUUCGGGUGAAUGUUGUCCUGAAUAGGAUUGUUGUUGUUCACAGCGACUGAUGUUUGGACAACCUGUGCUGUAGUCAUCUUCAGAGUCAAGGAGAGUUGUAUCAGUUGAUGCUAUUAAACUCUGGAUAUCGACCUGAUUGGUCAAUUAAGUCGCAAAUUUUUGUUUGCAAGUCGUUUGCUCUGUCCUCCAAGUGAACAUAAAGCUGUGAAAGGUUCAAACCCAGGAAUACGGCAGAAAGGCUCCUCCCUCCCCUAAUUCCCUCAGCUCUUUAACAGCUGAUUAUUUUCUAAUGCUGUCUAAAAUAUGUGUAUACUUUUUCAAGGCAUGAAUGUAUGAUAGUAGAGUUGUUUUAACACUACUUAUUAUCUAUUUUUAUAUAAUAUGUACUUACCAAAGGUUGAGUCUCACACCAGGCAUCCUAGCUAAAAUAGGACCCCUGCCUAUUGCUCUUUUAACAUUUAAGAAAUAAUGUUAAUUUUAAGUCAUCAUUAAUAUUGCUGAUAACAUUAAACACACUAUAUUCAUUUUAUUCAAAUAAUAUACUGAUACCUAGGUAGCAGGACAUAAAUCACCUUUCUAUGAUUAUAACUCUGGAGUAUUAUAUAUGCUAAUCCUGAGUAAUUUUGCUUAUUCCCUUCUUCACAGAAAGCUCUAAACCUACACCACAGCACACUAGAUGGACGAAAAAUAAAUGUCGAGAUAACUUGCGGGGGAGGGGGCAAAGGACAAACAAGGAAGAAAAAGCUAGAAGAGCGAAAAACAAAGUUCCUGCAGGGGAGGAAAAGGAAGUCAAAAAGUGCUAAAGUGAUCCCAAAAUCAAUCGACAGCUCAGCUGCUGACACAAAUAAUUCUGACAAAUAGUGGUUACAAGGCUUUAAAAAGUUAACUUGUUACAAAGCUGGAAGAGGAGAGGUAGAAGGUCAUGCACUACAAGAAUGAAAAUGACUUUUAAGGAGUAUGAGGAAUUUAUGAAUACUGCAAGUUUUUGGUUCAAUCAAAACAGGAAGGAAAGGAACGCAACUACUUAAAUACUGGUGAUGAUCUCAUAAGCACUGGCAUGAGUAUCAGAGACAUUGUUUCUUGUAAAAAAUAGGGGCAUUUUAAAAGGUGAAGUGCAGGACUCAAAAAAUCCUGAUGGGCUGUUAGUGAGCCUGCUUAGCUUUCUGUUGUUGACAGCCUUGUUCACUGGAAUAGGAAAAUAAUUUGAAAAAUAUCCUGUUGUUUUUAGCCAGUGUUGCAGCUGGCCCAUGUGUUGCGUGUAGUAUUGAUAUAAACACGGUUUAGUGUGUCUGCUGCGACGCAGGCUAGUUGUUUUAAAAUCCAUGAAGAAAGCAAGCCAUGAAUCUGUGGUAAAAAUAAAGCAUUGAUAAAUUUGAAUUGUGUUGGAUUAAUUAUGAUUCCAGCUUAUUUUCCUCAGGGUGAACUUUGCCUUGUUGAUCAUUCCCUCUACAAUUAGACCCCCAUCCCUCCCACCCCCAGCUCCCCUUCUUCUGCUAAACAACACCCACAUUUAAAGUUCAAACAAGGAUAAAAAUUCUUCCUUACCAUUUUCUUAAGAAAACCAUUGUUUCAUAAGUACUUGUAGCUUUUAUUUGCAAACAGAGAAGAACAGGUAUGAUAUGGUAUGUCUUUAUGAAAAGCAAUAUUGGGAGUUGAUAUUUUUGAGGUUGUAUUUACAAAAAAAAGUGUGUUUAUUUUGGAGGCUCUUUCAAAAGUACUGUGCAUGUGGUUACCAUGGCAGUGGUGACAAAGCACUCUCAGAACCCAUUUUGCGGCCUAAAAAAGCUUGCUUUGCUCGUCAAGCUCGCCAGGUCAACUUAGCAAGUCUAAAACCAUUACUUCCAAUGCUAGAUAGUCAUUCAGACUUUGAGCAAAUCCUAGAGAUUUUUUUAUUUAUCUAUUUUGUUUUUUUGGGGGGAUGACAGGUGUUUUUUCCUUUGGUGAGAUAUUUGGGGACAAAGGUGGAUUCUAUGACACCAAGAAUCAAUAAAGGACAUAAAUUUGGAAUACAACUUCCAAUAUUGUUUUGAUCCACAUGUAAAUAAAAAUAUCAGUAAUAUGGUAGUGUGAAUGUGCAGUUUGGGUGUUCUUGUCUCUAUAAUGAUUCUCUUGCUUCAUACGCUCUCAAUUGGGAGUAUGCAACUCAAGGAAGACAACUUAAAAGCUGGCUGCAGGAUUUAAAGAAAAGUGCUGAUGAGUGAUUAAAUGAGUGAUCUAGAACAACAUAAGCUAUCAUUUUAACAUUUGGUGAAAUAUCUUCCUAAAUUCCUUCACCUUUAAUGCAAAUUUUCAGGCUCAGAAAUAUACAUUGGACAAAUGUGAGAGAUACUUUGUAGCUUCAAAAUAAAAUAAUUAUUAUGAUCAGAAUUUUUCAUCUUGUAGUUUGAAAUUAUUGAAUUUGGUUUGCUGAAAAAGUAUUGCCUCAUAUAAAAAUAAUAUAUAUUUUUUUCACAGAGACUAUAAUCAUAUUGAAAAUUAUCGCAAUAUCUUUUGAACUGAAUGUUUGUUUUUCAAUAUUUAGUUAGAAACUUAGGGGAGAGGCAAAAUAAAAUCUGCCAAAAACAGCAUCUUUAUGUAAAGAAAUACUGCUAAUGAAAUAUAUUUGAUGAAAAGAAAUUUUAGAAAGAUCCUGUUUAAUUUAGAAAACGCUUGGGUGAAAUUAAAAAUUCGCAGGCGAUAUUGAAUAGGUGUGCUGAUAGUGUUUAGCAAUACGGUACUGUUAUUGAUACCUGUCAAUCAACAUGUCAAGUAGGUGUUUGAUUGACAUCGGUAAUCGCUCUAACGCGUCAGUUUGUCAUAACAACACCUGUCAAGAUCACGUGAUAAUUGCUCAUGUCAGCCAAAGCGACUCAUUUAGCAACAUGGCGUCAGAGGAAAGUUUGCUUUUCUGCGUGCCCGAGUUUUCUACACAAGUUUUCUCGGGGCUCCACAAACUUAGAAAAGAGGGCAAGCUAUGCGACAUUUAUCUACGUGUUGGCGAAUGCAAUUUACAAUCCCAUCGCGUUGUUCUCGCUGCUGCGAGCAGUUAUUUCAAUGCUAUGUUUACUGGAGAUAUGAAGGAGAGCCGGCAGGAUGAGGUCACUUUGUUCGAUGUCGAAUUUUCAGCCUUAGAAGAUCUCGUGAAUUUCUGCUACACUGGAAGGAUAGAGAUAAAUGCAGGCAAUGUACAGAACCUGUUGUCGGCGUCCAGUCUGCUUCAGUUGGCGAGCGUGAAGCAAGCUUGCGUGCAGUUUCUUCAUCGUGUUCUUCAUCCGACAAAUUGUCUUGGCAUCCGGUCUUUUGCGGACACGUAUUCUUGCGUGGAUCUUGUAGAAGCAGCCGAUGUUUUUGCCGUGAAGAACUUCUCCGAGGUGGCAAGAAGUGAAGAGUUUUUAACUCUUUCCCCCGAAGACGUCGUGGAGAUGAUUUCGCGGGAAGAAUUAAAUGUCCGCACCGAGGAGGAGGUUUUUGAAGCUAUUUCAGCUUGGGUGUGUAGAGAGGUAGAUGAAAGAAAGGAUUUUCUACCAGAACUGUUAAAGAACGUUCGUCUGCCGUUAAUAAGUCCGCAGUAUCUAUGCGACAAGGUUUCAAGCAACGAGCUAAUCAAGAAUAAUUUAGCAUGUCGCGAUCUAGUGGACGAAGCGAAAGACUACCUGCUGAUGCCAGAGCGAAGAUCUAAGUUACAGUCGGUCCGCACCAAACCAAGAAGAUGUAGUGAAGCUGCAGGCUUGAUCUAUGCCAUUGGAGGUCUGACAUCGUCAGGUGAAGCUCUUAGCACAGUAGAAGCAUAUGAUACCUUGACAGGUCAGUGGCUCCCUGGUGUAGCCAUGAGCACUCUGCGCACCCGGGUCGGUGUAGCUGUCCUGGAUAACAAACUUUAUGCCCUGGGUGGGUUUGAUGGGCAUAAGAGGUUAAGCACUGUAGAAUGUUAUGAUCCUCAGCUAAAGUCAUGGAAAGCCAUCACUCCAAUGAACACUCGCCGUAGUGCCCUGGGUGCAGUUGUUCUGAAUGGCAGAGUAUAUGUCGUGGGUGGAUAUGAUGGUCACAUCUCGCUCAGCACAGUUGAAUGUUACUCACCAGAAAGUAACAUGUGGAGUUUUGUCACACCAAUGGGAACACUUCGUAGUGCUGCAGGAGUCACCGAGCUGAAUGGAAAGAUCUAUGCAAUCGGCGGUCAUAAUGGUCUAUCCAUAUUCAACACAGUGGAAGUUUAUGACCCAAAAACAGACUCAUGGUCCUCCAGUCCUCCAAUGGGCGUGCGCAGAUGCAGGGUGGGUGUGGCCACCCUUAAUGGGCGGAUAUAUGUAUGUGGAGGCUAUGAUGGCAGUACUUUUCUUAACACUGUAGAGUGCUUUGAUCCAGAGACUGGGCAGUGGACUUUCACAACCCCAAUGAAUACCAGACGUAGCAGAGUAGCUGUGGUAACACUUGGAGGAAGGUUGUAUGCCAUUGGUGGAUAUGACGGCCUAUCAAACCUCAACACCGUGGAAUGUUUUGAUGUGCUUUCCAACAAGUGGACUCCUGUUGCUUCAAUGGGUAUGCAUCAAGGCGGGGUCGGGGUUUCUGUACUACCACGGGUUCAUCAUACUUAG